CUUCGCAAGCCUUGCCCCCGGCUCUAAGUUUCACCCUAUAAAGAACCUAAAGGAGGGGCCGGGACGCAAUGCAGACUGAUUGGCACGCAGGCUGCCGACGUCGCGUUCCAGCCGCGAGUUUCGCCAAUCCGGAGGCAGGGGUGGGACGGUGCAGGCGCAGACGAUUGGGUUUGGGUGGACUAGAUUUAAAGAGACAGACGCUGUCGGGGUCCAAGACGACUGUCCCUGAGACCCUCUCCCUAAGUCCUUGGGACCACUUGGGUCCCCAAAGCUGGGGAGAUGGUUUGUGGAGGCUUUGCCUGCUCCAAGAAUGCGCUGUGCGCGCUCAACGUGGUCUAUAUGCUGGUAGGUUUGUUGCUCAUUGGAGUGGCCGCUUGGGGUAAGGGCCUGGGUCUGGUGUCCAGCAUCCACAUCAUCGGAGGAGUCAUUGCUGUGGGAGUCUUCCUUCUUCUCAUCGCGGUGGCAGGACUGGUGGGUGCUGUCAACCACCACCAAGUACUGCUGUUCUUUUACAUGAUCAUCCUUGGUUUGGUCUUCAUCUUCCAGUUUGGAAUCUCUUGGUCGUGUCUGGCUAUUAACCGAAGCAAACAGACAGAUGUCAUCAAUGCUUCUUGGUGGGUCCUGAGCAACAAGACCCGGGAUGAACUGGAAAGGAGUUUUGAUUGUUGCGGCUUAUUCAACCUCACAACCCUGUAUCAACAGGACUAUGCUUUUUGCACUGCAAUCUGCAAGAGCCGGAGGCCCACGUGCCAAAUGUGUGGAGAAAAGUUUCUUAAGCAUUCAGAUGAAGCCCUGAAAAUCCUGGGGGGCGUUGGACUCUUCUUUAGCUUUACAGAGAUCCUUGGUGUCUGGCUUGCAAUGAGAUUUCGGAAUCAGAAGGAUCCUCGAGCCAACCCCAGUGCUUUUCUAUGAGACUUUGGAUCCUUCUGACUUCUCUUCUGCUCUCCCUAAGCUUUUUCUUCCUCCCUUAGGGAAAACCCAGGGUCAAUAGCCUUUUUUGUUUGAGAAAAAGGAAAGGCCCUUUGCGAUCCCUUAAAAGUGACUGAAUAGCCAGGCUCUCUGCCUUGACAUGUUUUAGUAAGAGCAAGAUUAUAAGAAUAAAGAAAAACUUCCUCUCUCCCUGAGUGGAAAUGGGAAGCUCCUGGGAGUGUAUGAGAUGCUAUGGGGGUCAGAGUAAUUCCUGGCUGUCUCCCCUCUUCUCCCUUCCACAUGCUAGACCACAACACAUCCUGACCUAGCUUCAAGGGGAAACCAGGGACAGAGCCAGAGAGAAAACCACCAAGAAUUCUUAUAAUAAGCAGGACCCAGUUUGGGAGGAGUUUGGUGAAUAUAAAAAUAAAAGUCAUUUAAACACCAUAUUCAAAGCAGAAAA